GCGAGAGGCGUGGGGAGGAUUGUCCUCUCGGCCCGCAAGACUGCCCCCUGCUCCGGCGUCCAUACGCGCCGCUCCUCAAGCUUCGGCGGGGUGUGGCUUUUGGCCCGAGUUCUCGCCGGUCCUUUCAUUUCCCACCCGCGGCUGCAGCCUUCUGCUGUCCGGGCCGUUUCCUAACUUGCAUCUCCCCACCCUGAACCGGCUGCCCCAGUAUCGGUUCCCCGGCCCGCUGUCCUCUGCCCUUCGUGCUCCGCGAAGUGUGUCUGUCUAUGAUCCUGGGCCCCAUGGCGCUGCAGGCGCUGCAGAGCUCGGGGGUGGCCUUCCGCAAGAUCCUGUCUCACUUCCCCGAGGAGCUGAGCCUGGCUUUCGCCUACGGCUCCGGGGUGUACCGCCAGGUGGGGCCCAGUUCAGACCAGAAGAAAGCCAUGCUAGACUUUGUUUUCACAGUAGAUGACCCUGUCACAUGGCACUCAAAGAACCUGAAAAAAAAUUGGAACCAUUACUCUUUCCUAAAAGUUUUGGGACCCAAGAUUAUCACCACUAUCCAGAAUAACUAUGGCGCUGGAGUCUACUAUAAUCCAUUGAUCAUGUGUGAUGGUAGGCUUAUCAAAUACGGGGUCAUUAGCACUAACAGUUUGAUUGAAGAUCUUCUCAACUGGAAUAACUUGUAUGUUGCUGGACGACUCCAAAAACCGGUAAAAAUCAUAGCAAUGAAUGAGAAUGUUGCUCUUAGGUCAGCCCUUGAUAAAAAUCUGAAGAGUGCUGUGACCACAGCCUUCCUCAUGCUCCCUGAAAGCUUUUCUGAAGAAGACCUCUUUAUAGAGAUUGCUGGACUCUCUUAUUCAGGUGACUUUCGGAUGGUGGUUGGAGAGGAUAAGACAAAAGUGUUGAAUAUUGUGAAGCCCAACAUAGCCCACUUUCGUGAGCUCUAUGGCAGCAUACUACAGGAGAAUCCUCAAGUGGUGUAUAAGAUCCAGCACGGCAGACUGGAGAUAGAUAAAAGCCCAGAAGGACAAUUCACUCAGCUAAUGACAUUGCCCAAAACCUUACAGCAACAAAUUAAUCAUAUUAUGGACCCUCCUGGAAAAAACAGAGAUGUGGAAGAAACUUUAUUGCAAGUUGCUCAUGAUCCUGACUGUGGAGAAGUGGUGCGACUAGGGCUUUCAGCAAUUGUGAGACCUUCUAGUAUGAAACAGAGCACCAAAGGCAUUUUCACUGCUGAACUCCACUGGGCAGCACUGUCACGCACAUUUUCUGAAAGUCUGGACCUUGUGGGAAGAAGGUCUCUCUUCAUUUGAUGGCUGGACAGACGAAGAAGCAUCUUCACUUUCCAGUUCUCAAAUAUUUCUACAUAGUGUCAACAUAUUGAAAGGAAAUACAUAUUUUCUCUAUGCUUAUGGCUCUGAGGAAAGUAAUUAUUAACUCAGAAAGCAACCCUGUUGUUUAAAGGGAAAAAUGUGGCCUCUGGGUGUAAUCAGACCUGGGUUCAAAUCCUAACCCUACUGCUUAUCAGACCUCAUUUAUCUUCCAAGAAGUUGGACUUCCUCUUCUGGCAAAUAGGGAUAAUCACUACUUUGCAAGGGUUGGCAUGAGGUGCAGAUUAACUCACUAUGGUAGCAUUUUAUCCACCAUAAAGCUUACAUACUUCUUCCUUGAUGCAUCCCGGUGAGUAAGAAGAAGUGUGACUCCAAUUCCAAAGGACCACAAGGAAGGAUGGUAACACUGCACCAGUAUCUCCUGGUGUCCUACACUUCACCUUAGCAUCAAGUUCUCUAUAAUAACCCUGCAGGUAGGUGGUAAUUGUCCCAUCUGCUCCCUGCUCUUGUCACUGUACCUCUCAGAUUUAAGCUCAAGUUUCUAGUAUGCCAAGUCCUCAGUGGGCUUAGGGACAACAUUUAUUCUAAUACUGUUUUCUUAUCUGUAAAACAGCAGCAAUGUUAAUCCUGACAUCACACAGUGGCACCUCAACCCCGUUUUGGAGUUAGAUUAGCUCUGAAUACCUUUAGGAUUGAAUGGAACAACAUGCCUAGUAACACCUAGCUCAUCACAGCAGGAUCUCAGUAAAUAAUCAUGACAUCACCUCCACUGGCAUAGUGGAAUGAUUUUAAAACUUCUCAGCACAUGUGUCUCUUGAAAUUUGUGAUAGUUUAUAUAUGGAGAUGUGACUGCAGAAUGGCCAGGUCCUAGCCACCUUGACAAAAAAUUGUGACACAGUCCGGAAGACAUAAUCCAAGGGUGAAUUACUCACAUUCACAUGGCUAUCAGAAAUCUCGGGGCACCGGAUGGCUCAGUCCAUGGUGUGUGCAACUUCUGAUCUCGGGGUUGUAAGUUUGAGUGAAGAAAUUACUUAAAAAUAAAAUCUUUAAAAGAAAAAAAAACAAGAAAGAGAUCUCCAAGAUGGUGGCUGGGAAUGUGACAGAAAGGAAGAUGGUAAGCAGCAUUCCAAAGCCUGCAGGGAAUGUAGGGAGGCCAUUUGGAGACAGUAAUAAAAAAAAGUAUUCUGGCUCAUGGCCUGGGCCUCAAAGGGUGAGAGGUAAGGUCCAGGGGCAGUCUUGGGAGCCAGGAGAGUGCAGUCUCCACUCCUUGGCCUCUGGCAUGUGGUUACUUUGGAUGAGCUCCUGCUUUCUUUCUGCCCAUUGUACAAGUCAGCCUUGGGCUAGCCUAGCCAUCUAGUUAAGAGCCACUCUGGAACUCAGUUACUGCUUUUGUUGGCAGGGUGGGGAGCCUGUCUGGGUCAGCUUGGUUUGAUAGAGAAAUUUCCAGGUGCACAUACAAAGGGAAAGAUACCUUCCAAUUCCCAGGAAAGAAAAAAAAAAAAGAUACCUCCCAGAGCUGAGAUUUUGAAGAUGGUGAGAGAACUCUCCCUUGCUCUGUUUUGUCCAGGAAGCUUUCCUGUGCAUAAAUUGAGCAUUCACAGAGUCAGAGAACAAGGGUGCUCAGACCUGUUUUAGAUGGCAAGGCACCUGCAUGUCAGCGUCCUUUGCGGAAGAUGAUGAAACACUGGCAUUUCUAUGCCUCACUAUAUGAAUAAUGACUUAGCUCAUAAUAUAUUGAUGGAUUUUGCUUCUAGGUUGGGCUGGAAACAUCUGCUUAAUUAAUUGUGCAUACUGUUAUAAAAUAAAAUCACAGCUGUAAGCAUACUGUCUUAGGGGAGAAACAAGCAACUUCUAAGUGUCCAGUUUCCAAGUGUCUCCACAACAUUCAUUUCCAGUAUUCACUUGCCAGUAAGUUUGGAUAUUUUGCUAGUACCUGAUAGUAGUCAUCAAAGAAAAGUUCUGGGAGAAAAAAAAUUAACAAAAUACUAGCUUUUAGCUUUUUUUUUUUUUUUAUAGCAAAUCAAUAGGGAAAAAAAAGAUCACAUGCAAGGCACUUUGGAGU